AUGAAAAACACCCUAUUGAUCCUUUUGACAGCACUUGGCGUCCAUUCGUCUGUUCUCCCAGAAAAUCGCCAGGUUAUCUUGCAAUGUGAAAGUUAUGACAGUUCGAAAGCUUCUCACUUGAAGACAGACAGAGUUGUGUCCACCACAUCCCGUAAAGGCACGGACAUGUCCAACGUGGCCUUCUUGGACCGUUACUUUGGAUCUUUCUUCGAUGAAUUUGAGAUCCUGGCUGCUAAUUCUAGAGCCCCAGACGGCUCGGAAAAGUUGCAGCCACAUGCUCUUAGUGACCAUUUACAUUCUCUUAUGAUAAACGAUGACUACGAGUAUCCAGACAAGGAUGACUUAAGAGAUCUCAAUGGAACAAGCGUAUUGUACCGUGGAGGUGAGUUUGGUGGACUUGUCACUUUCGCUCACGUUCCAUACGCUAACUGCUAUGACCCUGAGCUUUUCGACAAAGAAGAGUUUGACAUUGCCAUUGUAGGAGCGCCAUUUGACUCUGGAGUAUCGUAUCGUCCUGGUGCCAGAUUCGGACCCAGUGGAAUCAGAAUGGGAUCUCGUCGUUUAGCACCUGCCUACUCUGUUUACAGAAACAAUUUCGACCCAUACUCGAAUUGGGCAAAAAUUGUUGACUGUGGAGACCCACCAGUGACUCCAUUGGAUAAUCGUAUUGCCUUGGAUCAGAUUUACCGUGCAAACCGUGCAAUUGGACGUCACAAGACCACCAAAAACAACAAAAGUAAGGCACCCAAGAUCUUCACUCUUGGAGGAGACCAUACAAUCACCUUGCCAGCCAUCAAGGCUGCGUACGAGAACUUUGGACCUAUCACUGUGAUUCAUUUUGACUCUCACUUGGACACUUGGAACCCUUAUUACUUUGGAGGUAAUGUGACCGAUUACCAGUCUGUAAACCAUGGAACCUAUCUCCACUGGGCACAUGAGAAGGGACUUUUGACCAACCUGUCCAUCCAUGCCGCAAUUAGAGGUCCAUACCCGGGACCUAGGGAUGUUCAGCACGAUAAUGAUUGUGGAUUCGAUCGAGUUUUGGCAAGGGAUAUUGAUAAGAUCGGUACUGCUGGAAUUAUUGAGAAAAUCAGGAACAGGGUUGGUGAUGGAGCUAUUUAUAUCACUGUGGACGUCGACUCUAUGGAUCCAGCCAACACUCCUGCUUCUGGUACAGUAGAGCCAGGUGGAUGGACAUCCAGAGAGUUGCUCACGAUCUUGGACGGAUUGGAGGGCCUCAACAUUGUUGGAGGAGACGUCGUAGAGGUCGCACCACCAUUUGACACAGUUGCAGAGUUGACUUCUAUUACUGCUGCUCAGGUUGCAGACUCAAUCAUUUCGUUGAUGAUUUUAAAGGAGGAUAAAGAGGGGAAGAAAGAGGAGAAGAGAGAAGAAGAUAAGUAG